AUGGGGUCGACUGAGUCCAAGGUGGUCGGCACUCGCAUGGCCCAGUCCGAGCUCGCCAACAUCAACCUCCCGAACAAGUUUGGCCUCUGGUACAAGGGCAAGGCGCAUAUCAGGCUCAUCAUCGGCGAGGACAAGAACAGCAUAACACACAUCAUCACCCUCCCCGAUGGCUGGCACGGUGAUCUCAUCUUCUACAACGGCCCAACAAACGAGUCAAAUCCGAUGGCCGUGGUGACCUACGGGAGCAAGAUGGGCUGGCACGACAAGAUCAGGCUCGCGGCGCAACCCGGGCGACGACCCAUCGAAGAGGAGAUCCGCGCCCGAGGCAACGGCAUGUCGAUGAUAUACGCCUUUACCGUCGCCAUCGACACCACCUCGCUGCCCGACAGGUUCGAGUGGCGCAGCAGCAGGAGCGACGAGGUCAAGGAGCUCGGCGAGGGCUCCUUUGGCUACAAGCUGGUCCGGCUGGGCCAAGAGGGGGAAGAGGAGAUUGUCGCCGUCGCAGGCAACGCAAAGUGGACCAAGUCGUGGACCAAGGCGGGCGCGUUCCAGUUCAGAGGACGAGGGGCCACUGGGGAGCUCGGCGAGGCGUGGGCGGUCAUGGCGGUGGUGUCUUUUGUGAGGAUCGUGCAGCGCAACAUGCAGGCCGCCGUCGCGGCGGCGGGCGCGGCUUGA